UGUCAUUGUAGUACGUCCGGUAUAUGCGUCUCGGAUGUUGUGAUUGUGUAGUUUAUCUUGUUGUUACACCGACUAUAUCUUCCCCCUUUUUCAUAUUGAUCAGCAUAUGUAUAGAGUAUAAUGCAACAUUUUCCUGAGGAAUUGGUUUUAUUCAACUGUAAAUAUCUAUUAUUUGCAUAUGUACGUACCCAUACACUCUGGCUGAUAUUUACCUAAUAUAUGAAUCAUGAGUCAUGUGAAGGAUUCAUAGGAUUUCAUGAUCUGUAGGUGUUUACUGAUCCCAAUCAUUAUAGUUACAUGGAAACUAAGUGCUGAAAUGCCGGGAUAGUAACCCAAUCCCAGCUAGCGCGAGUUUAGUAUUUAACCUUGCAUCGUGUUCAAGCUAAACAUUACAUUUCCAUACCUUCUACACCGCAGUUUCCCAGGCACCAAAGUAUAAUGGCUUUCAAGACUGCAAUUUUGGUUAUCGUUCUAGCGGCUCUUUCGCCAAGCCUCUAUGACUUAGCACAGAAGUUAUUGUUGAUGUACAACAACGCGCCGGGGCGGUUUUUAAAUAUAAAUAACCUCAAGUCCUCUGAGAUAAAGUUUUCAGACACCAUUAGAAGCUGUGAAGAUGCCCUACUGGUCGAAUCUAAAGGCCUUGCUAUUGUUGCUUGCGACUCUGGGCGGGAGGUGUGGAAUGCGGUAAUGGGAAUCUUCAUCCCCGGGCCAACAACCAAUGCCGAGAUCUAUGCCUACAACUAUGGCAGUCCUGGCAUCCCUGACUCUGAAUCAUUGACUCGUUUUGAGAUCCUGGGAUACGAGCCUGGUGCAGAUUUUCAUACAUUAGGUAUGGCUUACGACGAAGACACUUCUACUCUCUUUGUUACAAACCAUCGUAAAGAGGGCAGGACCAUUGAGUUGUUCAACUUGGAUCUUGAUGCAUUCACGGCUAGGCAUUUUCGAACAAUCCGGCAUCCUCUUUUCCGCAAUCCAAAUUCGAUAGCUCUGCUCAAUAGCCAAGAGUUUCUCGUUACAAAUGAUCACCACUUCCUCAUGGAAGAUUCUCGCUUCCUUUCCACAGUGGAGACCCAGCUAGGUCUCCCUCUUGCUACUGUCUUACACGUCGACAUAUCACCCCUUUUAGAGGAUCCCGCUACGCCUGCCAAGGCCAAUAUUGUUGCUCGUCUCCCUUUCCCCAACGGUAUCGAGAUCGUAAAUGAAACCACUGUGGCCAUAGCCUCAACUACCAGCACGGCAGUAUAUUUUUACACUAUUACGAAAUCCAAGUCAAUUAACGCGACUUCGCCUACACUUACUUAUAAAUCCAAAGUCAAGUUCCCUUUUUGGGUUGACAAUAUUCAAAUCUCGGAAAACGGGACCCUAUUUGCUGCCGGUCAUCCCCAUCCCCCGACACUAAGUAAAUAUGCUUUUUCCCGCCACAAUUGCGGCUCGCCUGAGAUACUGGCUGCCGCCGAUCCCUCAUUCCAAGAGUACUGUAGAAUGGCCCAGACAUUUUCCGGAGUCUCUAAGUGGACUGAGUCAGGAGGUGUUGAGCAUAUCUAUUUUAGCGACGAGUAUCCUACUAGUUCUACAGCAGUGUUCGACUCUAAGAGGAAAGUCGGAAUAAUCACAGGUUUAUAUGCUAAUGGGAUACUCGUCUGGAGGGAAUGAGGUGGCCUAUACCAUUUAUUGUAUCUUGACGAGAUACUAAGUCUAGUUGAAAGGUUGGUUUAUUCUUGAGUUCUGAGUUUUUAGGGAAUAU